AUGACGGACGUAGAAGAAGACGGAGAAGAAGAAGACGGAGAAGAAGAAGACGGAGAAGAAGAAGACGGAGAAGAAGAAGACGGAGAAGAAGAAGACGGAGAAGAAGAAGACGGAGAAGAAGAAGACGGAGAAGAAGAAGACGGAGAAGAAGAAGACGGAGAAGAAGAAGACGGAGAAGAAGAAGACGGAGAAGAAGAUAUGGACUAUAUUCUCUUUCAAUUGCCGGGUUGA